GGUGGCAUGUGUUGGAAGUAAGUUUAUUGCACAACCACGAAGCAGACUUCUACAGUAAUAGGCUAUUAUACUCCAAAAUGAGAACUUAUCAAGAUGAGUUGAAAUAUCUUGAAAAGAUGACUCCAAAUUGCUGGAAAAUCAAGAAAGGAUUUGUUGAAAAUAUGAAAGUUGAUGGAUGUUUCUAUGUCAAUGAGCAUUUGGAAAAACUUAUGUUUGAUGAGCUGAAACAUUCGAUUGGAAAUAAAGGAAUGGGUGGGUUUUUGCCAGGAAUGAAGCAAAUAGCCAAUGUUGCAUCAUUGCCAGGAAUUGUUGGAAGCUCUAUAGGACUUCCAGACUGUCAUGCUGGAUAUGGUUUUGCCAUUGGAAACAUGGCAGCGUUUGACAUGGCUGACCCUAACUCAGUUGUAUCACCUGGUGGUGUGGGAUUUGACAUAAACUGUGGAGUUCGUCUCCUCAGAACUAAUCUCCAUCUUACAGAUGUCCUACCUCUCCAAGAACAAAUAACUCAAUGUAUGUUUGAUCAUAUCCCGGUUGGUGUGGGUUCCAAAGGAAUCAUCCCAAUGAAUGCCAAGAAUUUAGAAGAAGCUCUGGAAAUGGGCAUGGAUUGGAGUUUAAGAGAAGGUUAUGCCUGGGCUGAGGACAAGGAGCAUUGUGAAGAAUAUGGAAGGAUGUUGCAGGCAGACCCUUCAAAAGUAAGCAGCAGAGCUAAGAAACGAGGUCUUCCUCAGCUGGGAACAUUAGGUGCAGGAAAUCAUUAUGCAGAAAUUCAGGUUGUAGAGGAGAUCUAUGAUCAGUAUGCUGCAAAAAAGAUGGGAAUUGAAUUCAAAGAUCAAGUUUGUGUUAUGAUACAUAGUGGAAGUCGUGGGAUGGGACAUCAGGUUGCAACAGAUGCCUUAGUGGCUAUGGAAAAAGCCAUGAAAAGAGACAAAAUCAAUGUAAACGAUCGACAACUUGCUUGUGCUCAUAUCAACUCUGUUGAAGGGCAGGAUUAUUUGAAAGGGAUGGCUGCUGCAGCUAAUUAUGCCUGGGUCAAUCGAACUAGUAUGACAUUUUUAACACGUCAAGCCAUGGCUAAGAUGUUUCAAACCACCCCUGAUGAUCUGGAUAUGCAUGUCAUUUAUGAUGUGUCACAUAACAUAGCAAAAGUAGAAGAACAUUUUGUUGAUGGGAAGCAGAAAACCUUGUUAGUACAUCGUAAAGGAUCAACCAGAGCUUUCCCUCCACAUCAUCCUCUUAUCCCUGUUGAUUACCAACUGACUGGUCAACCUGUUCUUAUCGGUGGGACCAUGGGUACCUGCAGUUAUGUUCUUACUGGUACUGAACAAGGCAUGGUUGAAACAUUUGGAACAACCUGUCAUGGUGCAGGUCGUGCUUUAUCUCGAGCCAAAUCACGAAGAAAUUUGGACUAUAAUAACGUUCUACAAGCACUGGAUGACAAGGGAAUUAGUAUUCGUGUAGCAUCACCUAAACUUGUUAUGGAAGAGGCACCUGAAUCUUAUAAAAAUGUGACUGAUGUAGUUGAUACUUGCCAUGCAGCAGGAAUCAGUAAAAAAUGUCUGAAACUUAGACCUAUUGGUGUCAUCAAAGGCUAAAAUGUUUAACUUUUAAAUGCUUCAGUGAGUUUAUUAGUGCUACCAUGGGUAUUUGCAACAAACUAACACAAAACCCAACCUCCGGUAUCACAGAAUGCAGCAAUUUGAUUUGAUUAAACAGCAGCGAACACAGCCGACCAGAGCCCUCUACAGAAAGAUUAUAAACAUUAUUUACAGACUUUCUGUCGAGAGCCCUGAUUAGCAUAAAAUCGAAUUAAAUCACUAAACUUCCUUGAAACAAGAAAGGUAACUAUUAUAGUAAAGACGUAAGAAAAAGUUUAGUACCUUGACCAUUGUGAAGAUUUACAAUACUGUGAAAUGGGGAGGUGUUAUUGUAAAAGUGCAAAUUUGCUAAUUGCUUUUUAAGUCAUUUUAACACUGAAGUCAUCUGAAAUACUAUAUUUUGCAGUAUUGUUUAAGGGCUAAUGGAAAUAAGGAUGUCAUUCUCUUUAUACCUUUUAUGGAAUCGAUGUCUAAUUCGCAUGUUCAACACUUUCAGUAUUGCAUGAAGGAUUUAUACAGUGUUUAAAUAACACUUACACCAUAGGACCAUACAUAAUAGUAAGAUUAUAUUCAGUAAAUUUAAAAGACCUCUUUUUAACCAUGGACCUAAUGCUUGCUGUCUGUCAUAAUGUCAUGUGAUUGUGAAAUUCUUAACCAUAAAGUGGCUUACUUAAUAUAUUUAGCCAUUGCUAAUCGGAUGAAAUAGAGGGUUAGGUUCUAAUCAUGAUUUUAAAAAAAAUACUGCUUGUUCUGGAUGUUUUUGACUGUAUAUUUUUUAUGUGUUAACAGGGGCUUAAAUUGUUAUAAAAUCCUGUAUAUUUAAGACAUAGAUACCUAGAAAAAGUGUACGUUAUAUUCAAACCUUCUUCUGGAUUUUUUGUUUUGAAAAAUGAUGCUUCAGGAAAAUUGUUUUGUUUUAUGUCAAGGAUUUUGAUUUAACAAAUUAAAAAAAAAAAGAUGGAAUGACAACUG